CAGCGUAGCGUCGCUGGUCCUGGUCCCGGCGAAGGCGGAAGUGAUGGGGGGGAACCAUCUCGCCCGGGCUGUAGACCGUGGCACAGCUGUUUUACGCUGCUAGCAGUCUGCGCAAGUUGAUAUCCACCGAAUUACAUGCAGGGCAGUGGAACAGGCAAACUCCCAGCAGAGCUGGAGGACCGUCGCGUGGCUCUAUUUGUUCUUUUCUUAAACACACACACACACACUCUCUCUUUAUCCACUAUGCGGAGACUCUGCGAUGCCGUCCGCAUAGGUCGUUUGUAGCGGAUAUUUCAUGGAAGGUGGGACGAAGGGGAGGCUGUGAAGCCGUGGAGUCGGGGCAUCAGCUGAGCAGAUAGAUGAGCGUUAGCAAGCUAGCUGCCGUGAAAGAAACUGUUGUAACAACGCUGUCUCCUCCGUACUAUAACGCUGCUACAGAUCUGUCAUCAUGGCUGCGAACGGCAGCAACCCAUCAUCGGGGAUGGGGGAGAUCAUCCAGCUAAACGUCGGCGGGACAAGGUUCAGCACCUCCCGGCAUACCCUGAUGUGGAUCCCAGACUCUUUCUUCUCAAGUUUACUGAGCGGGAGGAUAUCUACUCUUCGGGACGAAACCGGAGCUAUAUUUAUCGACAGAGAUCCGACAGCAUUUGCACCAAUUCUCAAUUUCCUUCGAACCAAAGAGCUGGACCUGCGAGGUGUCAACAUCAGUGUCCUGCGACAUGAAGCUGAGUUCUACGGGAUUACUCCCUUAGUGCGGCGCCUCCUGCUCUGUGAGGAACUGGAGCGCUCCUCAUGUGGUAGCGUGCUCUUCCACGGAUACCUACCCCCUCCAGCUGUUCCUGCCAGUAGGCCGAGCCCUGCAUCAGCAGCCUCUGAUGAGCGAGCAGGUCCGAGUGGAGCAGAGGGAGUCACCCGGGUUCACCCCUGUUUGUCCUGCCCAGAGGACACCCACAAACUGGGGCCUGUGGUAGACCCAAGAAAAGUGCUUAUAAUAGCAGGACACCACAACUGGAUUGUGGCAGCCUAUGCGCACUUUGUCAUCUGCUACAGGAUUAAGGAAUCGUCUGGAUGGCAGCAGGUGUUUUCCUCACCUUACCUUGACUGGACCAUUGAACGUAUCGCACUUAAUGCUAAGGUUGUAGGCGGUCCGCAUGGAGACAAAGACAAGAUGGUGGCUGCAGCCUCUGAAAGCAGCAUCAUACUCUGGAGUAUCCAAGAUGGAGGCAGUGGUAACGAGAUAGGUGUAUUCAGUCUCGGUGUACCCGUUGACAACCUCUUCUUUAUUGGCAACCAACUCGUGGCUACAAGCCACACAGGAAAAGUUGGGGUGUGGAAUGCUGUCACACAACAUUGGCAGGUUCAAGAUGUGGUUCCCAUCACCAGUUGUGACACAGCAGGAUCCUUCCUACUACUGGGCUGUAACAAUGGCUCUAUCUACUACAUAGAUAUGCAAAAGUUUCCACUGAGGAUGAAGGACAAUGAUCUUCUGGUGACUGAGCUUUACCAUGACCCAUCGAACGAUGCCAUCACUGCACUGUCAGUGUACCUCACCCCUAAAACCAGUGUGAGUGGGAACUGGAUAGAGAUAGCCUACGGAACGAGCAGCGGUGCGGUGAGAGUGAUUGUGCAACACCCAGAGACGGUGGGAUCCGGUCCUCAGCUCUUUCAGACCUUCACUGUGCACAGGAGCCCGGUCACAAAGAUUAUGCUGUCUGAGAAACAUCUGGUAUCAGUAUGCGCAGAUAACAACCAUGUCCGCACAUGGACGGUGACCCGGUUCAGAGGCAUGAUCUCCACACAGCCAGGCUCCACCCCACUGGCUUCUUUUAAGAUACUAUCCCUGGAGGAGACGGAGAGUCACGGAAGCUACUGCUCUGGGAAUGAUAUAGGCCCAUUUGGAGAAAGAGAUGACCAACAAGUGUUCAUCCAGAAGGUCAUCCCCAUCACCAACAAACUGUUUGUGCGACUCUCUUCUACUGGAAAGAGGAUAUGUGAGGUGCAGUCAGUGGAUGGAACCACUAUCUCGUGUUUCAUGGUACGGGAAUGCGAGGGUUCGAGUCGAAUGGGAUCCCGACCGCGGCGUUAUCUUUUCACUGGCCAUGGCAACGGCAGCAUUCAAAUGUGGGACCUGACCACUGCGAUGGACACGGCAAACAAAGGAGAAGAGAGGAAGAAAGAGGAUGUCGGUGGGCCCACAGAGGAGGAGCUGCUACAGCUACUGGACCAAUGUGACCUGAGCACUUCCCGCUGUGCAACACCAAACAUUAGCCCAGCCCCCUCCAUGCUGCACCACUCACGGCUCAGGGAGUCCUGCUCCAGCCUGCAGUUACAGGCCCAGGAGCCCAUUCCUGAGAACCAAGCCACGUACGGAGCAGUGCGCCCCUACAGAGAGAGCCCCCUGCUGGCUCGAGCUCGGAGAACAGAGUCCUUUAACAGCUACAGAGACUUUCAGAACUUCAGCCUGAGCCGCGGUGCUCUGGAUAACGCGGGGCAGACGUUAAACCACGGGCCCCACCAGACCCCGGAUCCCCGGCGCUCAUUAUGUGACUUCGGGCCUGAUGACAGUGAGAGGAGAGCCUCGGUUUUGGAGCUCUGGGCGUACCGCACAUCCAGUGCAAGCUCGGGCGUCUCUGUCGGUGGCAUCUCAGGGACAAAAGCAGAAGGCAGACAAGAGUCUCCACGAAACCCCCCAGACAGCCCAGUCCCAGGAGGGGAUGUCAGGAGAAAAGUGCCCCCUCAGCCAGAGGAGGGAGAAGGGCCUGGAUCUGGAGGAGAGGGGCUGAAAACAGACGGAGGAACGAAGAAAAAGGGAGUGCUAGAGGGCAGUUUUCUGGGGAGAAAGAAGGCUCCCCCAGUUCCGCAGCUCUCCUCCGUCCCGUCUGGAUCGGAGGGCGGGGGCAGUGACUCGUCUGCUAACGCCUCACCUUCCCCAACCAAAGUGGCUGCCUCCACCUCGCCCCGACACAGGAAGCCGGCGCCUGACCCGGCCAGUCAGGACAGCAGCCUGUGAGAGCUGCUCAUCUAUCGAUUACAACCUGAAACUUCCCUGUUAAUGCACACGAGACAGGAGGGCUGAGUACAAGAGAAAAGGAGAACAGAAAACUAACUGCUGGCCAGUUUGCCUCGUUCCUUCCACUACAUUUUUUUGCCCCGUCUGUGGUCUUUCCAUCCAGGAUGAAAUACCAUGCUCAUUGAAUCCACCACACACGAGGCAAUUACAUCUUCCCAGCACUAAAUACACUACAUCUCAUUUUGAUCGUUUUUUUUAUAAAACUUCUAGGUGUAACUGGAAAUCUCAGUUGGAUUCUGGUGUUUGCUUUAGGCUGUCUUAGCGGAUGGGUGAUAAUGUUCACACAUUUCUGUCUAAGUUGGCCCACUCAGCUGAAGAAUGUCUGAAACGCUUUGCUUCUCCCGUGCUGGCGAGGCCCGCUCAACAUAUCCAGAAACAUAUUCAGGUCUGAUCAGGUACACAGAACAGUAAGGUUGCGGCCUGCUUGUAAAUGACAGGUCCCAGAGGAGGUGAGGUGCACUAGUUUGCUGACAUUGCGUUUUUUCACGUGUGUUUGGUUUGGUUCGUAAGAAAAACACAACUACAAAAGUCGAAAAAGCCACACACAGAAACCCAGAAACACACACAAUAGUUGAAUAAUUAAUCAAUUAUACACAUUUGUCAAUCGAAAAGAGAGCAUGUAGGAUUACAAUAUUACUAAUAUGACCAUCAACUUACCCCACAGCUGUUAAUCAAAUCCCCAAUCUGUGAAUACUUCACCGCGGUAAGUUAUUGUUGUUGACACUAAACACCACUGAUAGCUUUCAGUGAAGAAAUUUCCUCGGUCAAGUAUGCGACACAAUAUUUAAGCUUCGCCGGCCGACAGCUCAGUGCUGUGCCACACCGGUGUUAAGGCGGGCAAGAGAAACUUUGAUCCUGGUUUGAAAGAUCUGAUUAAUUCUUCUGGGUUUUACCUAAUUAUUGGCCGACUUCAGCAGUCAGAAGCUGACCUGUCAGUUAUAAUGUCAGUAAUAAUGUGCUCCCGUACUAAAUGUAGUUUCAAACGGCCCUAUUCCUCUAUAAAUAUUCUAAAAUGAACAAAAGAAUUUGAUGGGAUGUUUUUAACGUGACAGUUAAGCAGAAAAAUGCAUUGAACCCAUGUCCUCCUCUCCCAGUGGUGCCUGUGAAAGAUCAUGUUAAUUAUUUUUUUAAAUGUCAUCUUUUAAAUUACUUGCGUGUUUAGCUUUAUAUCAGGACCUACCCUUACACUAUAUCACUUUACUCCCCUUCGGUGCGUGUGGGACGACUGGUGCAGUGCCUUAUUAACUAAUAGUGUGUCUGAACUGAAACAUACAGUAAUGUGACCAAAGGCUUGUGAAGAUCCAGAUCCGUGCCGACGCGUCUUAUGGACCUAUUCAUUCUGACUUUGGCUAAAAUUGUGUUACAACAGAUUUACAACAAGCCAAGUCAAAUCUGAUCAUUGGUGGCAUUACAUAUGAAUUGUUCAGUUAUUGUUGUAAAUAACUGACACAUAUUAAGGUGGAAAUAGGAAGCUUCUAAGCAAGGCCCUGGGAAAUGUACUGUCACAUGUUCUGUUUUUGUGUGGAGAGUACACCACACUCUCACUUUCAGGCCUCACACCAUAAAAUGUGUGUGCGGCAUACAGUGGAAGUAGACCUAAACAGUUGGUUGUGAUUCAUGUGUGAUUGAGACAUUUGUCUGGUCAGCUUAUAUCCUCAUUGUGUCUGGUACUUUUGCAAAUCUAAACUUUAUCCUGCAACUUUUGGAUUUGCCAAAUUUCACAUCUGCAUUAUUCCAGAUUUUUGGAAAAGGAAAUAUUACCGGCCCUGUGGUCACUGCUUGUACAAAGAUGUAGUUUUUUUAUAUACUAACUGUACAGACAGUAGACUUACAUACUGAAAACAAAUUCCUACUAUGGAUGCAUUAAUUUGUAUUGGUGUGUUUACACAGACAUGUACGUCCAUUUAAGGCCUGCAUUCAUGUAAUCAUGUAUUUGACCUAAAUGCAUUUGUCCUUUGCAUUAUGAAUACUAAUGUUACUGUAUGUUACUGUAACUUACUAGCAUUUAUUUUGGAUGGUUAAAACUACUUAACGUUUAGAGUGUAUUUCAAUACAUAGCUGUUUAUCCGCGUUCUGUUUUAGCUUUCAUCUCUCAAAGCCUCCAUGGCGAUGUUUACAUUAUACUACAGCCGGAUGCUAGUGAGCAAAAAGAAAUACAUUUCUCUUUAUUUAACUUUACUGUAUGUCAUUUUUUUAGAUUAUGUGUAUAAGAAGAGGUAUAUUUAGUUGUAACGUUAUUGACAGCUUCUUCCAAACUCAUCAAAUGACUAGUACUGCAUUCACAGAAAAAAAAAAAGAUUUUUUUAUUUUUUAAAGAUGACUGCUAUGUUCUUUCUCACUAAGUCGUUGAGACAAGUAAUUUUUAUCAAACAUACAGUUACUUUUCUAUGCAUCAUUGUGUGAGAGAGAAUUUAGAAGAGUCUCUGCGUUUAACAUGCUCGGAUGUUAAACGGAUGACGAGAACUUCAGCAAGACGACUCUAACACGCAGUCGGUGUUUCAAAGGUUGGGGUGUUUCGGUUGUCAAAAGCGGGAAAGCUGGGGAAGCAGAAAGGCAGCGCGACCAGUCACAGCGGAGUUUUCAGCGCAUGGUUUGUUAGGAUGUCUUGCUGAAGCGCACUUUUUUUUUUGUUUUGGGCGUUGUAAAGGCGCACAAACAUGUUUGUGUCCCCUGCGCUUUGGUUUCACUAACCUUCCCUCUCAGACCGUCUCCUCUCUGAGACGCCGUCUGUCCACGUUGUGAUUUAUGAGUUUAAUAAAACCCUCUGUGAGUGUGUGCGUGUAGCUCAGGGCCAUACUGUCCCUUACAAUCACUCCACAAGCUCUCCUUUCACAGCCUCACCCUCCCUCCGUGGCUGACAAUAGCUGUGAAUGUGGCUGUGAAUGCUGCAGAAGUGCCCUUGUCAAAUUGGCGUCCUUGAGCGAGGGCACGGUUGUUACUGCCAGUUUGUUAAUUUCAAACUUGCCUCAAUGUCCCCUUAAGGGACGCAGGAGUAAAACUAAAUUACGGGUGCAUAGUUUUGAUGGAGACACUGGGCCUGGUGCGCGCUUGUGGUGUGUUUGUGUGUGAAUGCGUGUGGUAAAUAAGUCUGUGCAGCUGCUAGCACAUCUGUUGUACAAACUCAGCAGAAAGGAGGAUUUCAGAAUGGAUGUUUCAGCUUAGGAAAUGAGUCUUUGUAAAAGAACACAUUCAGAAUCAGAAUUUUCAGCCUUGUCUCAAUGCUUAAUAAAACACUUGGUUUAAUAUUUUUCACCCCAGUACACGCACAAACACAAUUCAUUCAAAUGUGUGUGCUAACUAUUGUAAUAUCAUUGAUGUAUUUCUAAAUGUUUAUUUUAAUAUUUAUACUGAGGCACAAUAUCACUAUGGAAAAAAUACUCACAUAUGUAAUGUAGGUGUUGUUCUUUUGUCAUCAUAACACAUCUGCAUUGUUAGUCCUUUCUAGGUUUUGUUUGCACAUUAACGUGUCACAUUUGUGCUUUCUUAAAGUGCUGCUUUAAAUGCUGACAGUUUGGUUCAAAGCGGUGUUAAGAUUAAAGUGCUACAAGCUGUCUCUCGUGUUCUCUUUUUUUUAACCACAGAGGUUACUUUC